AUGAUAAAUUUCUCACAAGGACUUUCAAUAAUUUAUUUUUUAAGCAUUUACUUAUUCGUUUCGCUUAUCUAGAUGGCCAAGACUACUUUUGUACGUUCCUGAUUUCGUUUAAUUAGAUUUUCCUUUCACACGUUCAAAUUUUCCUGAUGAUCGCCGAAGAAAGAUGAGAACGAAACAGAUAAUGCUUUAGGAUACACAAGAACAUAUUUAAAGACAUUUAUGAGAAAACUGAGAUAGUAUUUCAUCUUCGUCCACCUUGACUUCAAUGCUAAUAUCUUCAUUAUUACUAUAAUAUCACACGCAACAUCAAUAUUCAUCAUCAUUUCCAGAUCAAAGCAAGAUUUUGUGCUGGAGAAUAUAAUCCAGUUUCCGUAAAUAUAUUGGAGAAUUACUGUAGAAAUAUUUUCUCUGGAAUUGUCAGAAAAAAUCCUGUGCUUCAGUGUCUGGAAUGUCUGUGAAAUUUUGCAUUCUAAGUAAAAUUGAGUUACAAAGGAGUUUGCAGUUGUUGACAAAGAUGGAAAGAAAUUUAGGAAGAAAUAUUACAGGAUAAAGAAUUCAUCUGAAAUAAAAUACAAAACCGAAAAGAAAAAAAGUCUGUGUAUUGCUUUGAGUCAAGUAAAAUGAUGCAAAAUGAAUUUUAUAAGAAAGGGUGUGGUUUUCCUGAUGAUAUGAUGAGAGAGAUAAAGAAAACAUCAUAUCAUUGCAAUGUCUGUGGUAAAUCAUUCUCUCAAAAAAGUAACCUAACUACUCACAAACGUAUUCACACAGGAGAGAAACCAUACCACUGUGAUAUCUGUGGCAAAUCCUUCUCUCAUGGAACGACAUUAUCUUCUCAUAAACAUAUUCACACAGGAGAGAAACCAUAUCACUGUGAUAUCUGUGGUAAGCCAUUCUCUAAAAAAUGUAACUUAACUACUCACAAACGUAUUCAUACAGGAGAGAAACCAUACCACUGUGAUGACUGUGGUGAAUCCUUUACUCAUGGAAAUACCUUAGCUAUUCAUAAACAUAUCCAUACAGGAGUGAAGCCAUAUCAUUGUGAUAUCUGUGGUAAAUCCUUUUCACACGGAAACGCCUUAACUACUCACAAACGUAUUCAUACAGGAGAGAAGCCAUUUCACUGUGAUAUCUGUGGUAAAUCAUUCUCGCAAAGAAGUCACUUAAUUAACCACAGACAUAUACACACAGGAGAGAAACCAUAUCAUUGUGAUAUCUGUGGUAAAUCUUUCACUAAAGGGAGUACUCUUACUACACACAGACGUAUUCAUACGGGAGAGAAGCCAUACCAGUGUGAUAUCUGUGGUAAAUCCUUCUCUCAAAUAAGUCCAUUGACAACUCAUAGAUAUAUUCACACCAGAGAGAAGUACUGUUCCUGUGACAUCUGUGGUAAAUCAUUCUCUAGAAGUGCUAAUCUAUCUCGACACAAGUAUGUCCAUACUGGCGAGAAGCCACAUCACUGUGAUAUCUGUGGUAAAUCUUUCUCUCAAAUAGUUGAAGUCACCAGUCACAAGCGUAUUCAUACAGGAGAGAAGCCUUAUGACUGCGAUGUCUGUGGUAAAUCAUUCUCUCAAAGAGGACAUUUAACCAGACACAAGUCUAUUCAUACAGGUUAAUGUCUCUGAUUAUCAUUUUUUUUCAAAACCAUCACUCAUUUACUAAUGUUUGUAUUCUCUUUUACCUAUUUCUUUACUACCCACAAGGGGCCAAACACAGAGAGGACAAACAAGGACAGACAUCCGGAUUAAGUCGAUUAUUUUCUGUCUAGGGGACACAACU